CUACCAAUCAUCAUUUGGAACGAUCUCGUGGUUAAUUUUCAUGGAAGUAAUUUCUUCACUUCUCCUUGCGAACUCGUCAUGUACACUUCAUGCAUCUCGCACGUCUUGAGGAGUUAGUCAACCUCUGUACUACCCACGCGGUCCUUUUCUACUGCCUUUAUUUUGGAUAUUAAUUUACUCACGGAAUAUCAUUUCGGAUACAUUGCAUUUUCAUGUCGGACCUUUAGUUACGUAUUAUUUCAUGAGCUCAUUUUCGCGAUCAAGAAACGCGACAUGUUUAUUUAAUUUCAUCUACCGGGAUUUGUGCAAUAUACUUGGACUUCAUUUUCGCGGUGAUAAAAACUAUUUGACCUGAGCGCUUCACGUCGUUCAUCGCUCAGCUACCAUUGCCCCGAACUCUUCGCGGACACUCAUCUCGCGUCUCGGUCCAGUUGGUGGUCAUUCGCCUGCCUUCGAUCUACACCUCUUCGAACUUCACAGUUUUCCGGUGAGUUGGAAAGUAACUUAUUUUGGAGUAAGCUUUAUUUUAACAACACACAGUCUUACUUUCCACAUUGGUGACCCCGACGUGAUUUUUCGUUCGCUUACUUUUUCUCCGGAAUUCUGUUUCACAUCAUUUAAUUAUCGUGGAUAAACCUAUACCGGUAGCUAUGGAGCAAACUGUGCAGCAGCCCGGUGCUCUUGCCGCCGGUGUUAGCGUCAAGCUACCCCCGUUCUGGCCCGAUGAUCCGGUGCUAUGGUUCGCUCAAGUCGAGGCACAAUUCUCAACUCGAGGCAUUACCAGUGAGAAAACUAUGUAUCACUACGUGGUUUCAUCUCUGCAACCUGAGUAUGCUGCUGCAGUUCGGGAUUUACUUGUCUCUCCACCCUCUACCAAUCCAUAUCAAGUUCUGAAAAGUGAAUUAACGAAACGCACUUCAGUUUCGGAACAGAGGAGACUGAACCAGCUUUUAAUUGCAGAAGAGCUUGGAGACCGCUCGCCUACUCAACUCCUUCGCCGCAUGGAACAGUUACUUGGAGGAAAAGAGCUUGAAGUCAGCAUUUUCCGACAGCUUUUCUUGCAGAGACUUCCUAAUCAAGUUCAGACUGUCCUUGCUCCAUGCAGUGAUUCUAUGACAAUUACUCAGUUGGCUGAAAUGGCAGACAAGAUCAUUGAAGUCAGUUCUCCUUCCACGUCUGGUCUCCCUAUUUCAAAUGUGACUACCUCCGAUCCUUCACCAUCGACACGAUCAGACCCGGAGGAAUUCAAGAGACUGUCAAGCCAAGUUCAGCAGUUGACUUUGCAGGUCCAGUCGCUCACCAAGGUGCUUCAUCAGGAUCGUGGUCGCUCAAGUACCAGGUCUUCGAGACGGAAUCGAAGCCGUAGUCGCAGUCGUGGUAACAAUCCAAAAGGCGCACGCCAAUUCGAUACACACGCAGGUGGUGAAUGCUGGUAUCAUUGGCAAUUCGGGAAAGAUGCCAAGAAGUGUUCGUCUCCGUGUUCCUGGCAGGAUAAACCACAUCCUUCUUCGACCCAGGGAAACGCUCAUGCCAGCGAGUAGCGGCGACCGACUCGUUUGGUAGAAGCUCACCCCCGAGUCGCCUUUUUCACGUUUAUGACAAGUCUACAAGAACUAAAUUUCUUAUUGAUACCGGAGCAGAGGUCAGCAUUUUGCCAGUAACUCAGAAACUUGUUUCAAAUACCCAGCCUACUUCCGUCAAACUUCAAGCAGUGAAUAGCUCGCCUAUUUCUACAUAUGGGCAGAAAUCCCUUACGCUGGAUUUGGGGCUGAGGAGAACUUUUCGCUGGAUCUUCAUAAUAGCAGACUUGCCAUCAGCCAUCAUCGGUGCUGAUUUUUUACGAGAAUUUGGUUUGCUUGUGGAUGUUAAAAAUCGGAGACUCAUCGACAGUACUACAAACUUCAUAGUUAAUGGUAUUCACGCCAGCGGGGAGUACGUAACUCCUACCAUCAUGACUACUAUUUCUUCUUCACGUUACGACACCCUCCUUCGAGAGUAUCCCGACAUUGUGAGGCCGAUUUACAAGUAUGGCGAGGUCAAACACGGAACAACACACCACAUCUCAACUC